AUGCGCUUCUUGGCUGUUUCUUUGUUGGUGGCUAUUGUUAGGGCAGAGGUUGCGGACCACAUCUGUUCGCUCACCACUCCGAAACAAUGCAAGGAUGGCAAGGCCGCCGACGUCGACAAGGACGCCAUCUAUUUCUCAGAGUUGAAUAUUGCUAACACCCGUCACGUCUACGCCUGCGCCGAGGGCCAGUACUUUUGCGGCUCUGUCACCAACGUCGACACGACCGCAUACAAGCCCGGUUGUUACAGAGCCAAGCUGCUGAAGCGCGACGCGGGCCCGUGCAGCUGCACCGUCUUUGCUGAUGAUGGGAAAACGAUAACGGAAGGUAAAACAGCGGCCACCGAAUACGUCACGGCCAACCAUAUAGAAGGAGUGAACCCCGGCCUGGUGAAGGUCUUCAACUACUACACGAAGGCGUCUGAGGCAAGCUUUGACACAGCUUCCAAACCAAUCCCGCCAUUUUCAGAACAA